GGAACCUACCUUCAAGGUACAGAAACGCGCUGUAUCGAGGAAGUUACUCGCACGUCGGCUGCAUCUAAUCAAGCUUCCAGACUCCAUGUUUUUAUUUCAACCUUCAAAACAGCUUCGCCAAAUCAAAUUCUGCUUUUCCUCUAGCUCAAAUUCUCCAUUGACCGUUAUUUGAGGUCGCUGCGCAAUAUGUCCUCCAUCUACAAUCUCGAGCCUCAGCCUACCGCUUCGCUGAUUCUGCAUACGACACUGGGCGACUUAUCGGUCGAGCUAUUCGCAAAACAGACGCCGCUCACAUCGCGAAACUUCCUCCAGCUGUGUAUCGAUGGAUAUUACGACAAUACGAUAUUUCAUCGCCUGGUUCCUGGUUUUAUCAUACAAGGAGGUGAUCCCACUGGGACAGGAAACGGGGGAGAAUCCAUUUACGAUGGCGGCGCAUAUAGCGGCGAUCUGGAUCCGUGGCCCAUGGAUCAGCGCCGUGGGAAGAAUGCUGGACCUACGGGUGUAAACUUCAAAGACGAGUUUCAUUCGCGACUAAAAUUCAACCGAAGGGGGCUGUUGGGUAUGGCCAACGAGAGCAAACCGGAUACAAACGCCAGCCAAUUCUUCUUUACACUGGAAAAGGCCGAGGAACUGAACAACAAGAAUACAGUGUUUGGGAGAGUAGUGGGCGAUACAAUUUACAACUUGACCCGCAUGGGUGAGGCAGAAAUAGCAGAAGGAACCGAACGGCCCCUCUACCCUAUAAGGAUCACAAGUGUAGAGAUUCUUGUUAAUCCUUUUGAUAAUAUGAAAAAGCGAGAAAGGAUUGCUAAACGAACCCACGAGGCGCCUGCUACUGAGAAGAAGAAGAAACCCAAAUCUAAGGCGGGGAAGAAGUUAUUGAGUUUUGGAGACGAAGAAGGCGACGAUGACGCGCCGGUCCUAAAAAAGGCAAAAUUCGACUCGCGUAUUGUCAUGGACGUAGACGAAGAGCCAACACCCGCCGCCAAGCCGACGAAGAGCAGUAGUAAGCAUGAGGCCAAGGCGACUGGGCCUUCUAUACCAGUUCGUGAACUUCGAACUGACUCGAAAUUGGAGACGAAACCAUCCCCACCACCUACGAAGAGUGUACCUAUCCGAAUUCAGGAUGAAUCGUCUCCAGAGCCAGAGCCACCAAAGAAAUCCGCACUAGAGCAAGCAAAUGAAGAGAUCGCAGCCUUGAAGGCAUCUAUGAAACGGACUAUUCAUUCUAAGCCAAUCGAGGAGGUUAAGAAAACGGCACUAGAGCAAUUAAUACCAGAGACUUCUACGCGGGGCCGGAAAAGGAGAAGAGGAGGCGAGGGGCCUGCCAUAAACGAUGAUUUACUAAAGCUUCAAGCCUUUCGCUCCAAGCUCAGCCAAGCAGGACCCGAAAAAGAACAACUAAACGUGACUACGGAGGAGAAUGGCGCCGAGCAAGGUUCGGGCGAGCAAGACGACGAGGCGGAACUAUGCGAUCUACACUUUAUUGCCAACUGCCAAAGCUGCAACUCGUGGGACAAGGCUGAAAAGGAAGAGAGCGAUGACGAGGGCUGGAUGUCUCACGCCUUGAGCUUUGCAGCUGACAAGCUUGGUAAAGACUUGUCAUACCGGAAGAAGGCCGAAGAGGAAUUGGUUGUCAUUGACCCGAGAGAAAAAGCCCGGACGCUUAAGGAGGAGAAGAGGGCUCAAAGAGAGGCACAGGCUGGAAACUCCGGAAGGGAAUGGGACCAAGCGAGGAAUGCCAAGUUAGCGAGAGCAUCGGCUCUGGCUGGCAGAGGAGCUAAGUGACAUGCUCACCAUAGGAACUUUUCCACCGUAUCUCUUGAGGCUUGAAAUGACCAUUGAUACCCCUUGAUUUUAGAAAAUUCUAUCGCCUUCCGAGGUUGAAGCUGGCAUGGGUGUUUUCCCCCUUGGUCUUCGUUUAAAAAAAGGAGGUUUGCAUUUUGACAAGCUGCGUGGGUCCUACAAACACAUGUAAAGAUGU